AUGUCGACUUCGGCUUGGUCGAAUGCCACUGGGAAAAUGAAGCCUUCGUAUGCAGAACUUUUGCGACGAGCCAAAGAAGAGAAGUCUGCCGAUGGCAAUGGUCGCAGCGGCAGCAUUGACCCAGGAAACAGCUCUACGAAGCUUGCGCCCACUACCAAUAGGCAACUCGCUGAGGCGAGACAAAUCGGUGCGAGUGAAGCAAGCAAGGCAACCACUGAGCCUCCUUACGUACAGACAGCCCGUUCUGCCGCGUCUCAAGCAACAGACAGAGUCGGCUCAGGCUCCUCGACUGCGAUCACAAGUUCCGAUCGCAAUGGGCAAAACCGGUCCUCAGCAUCGUCCUCUUCGCCUCAUGCUCCGGUCACAGGCGUCAAACCAGCGCCUGCAAACGUCUGGGAGCUUCGCAAGCUGCAAAAAGCUGAGGCUGCAGCAGCAUUGACUGCUCCUCGGCCUGCAAGCGCGAAUGCUGCUCUCGGCAUUCAAUCGAAGCGUGCGUCUACCCAAGAAGAGACAGCAGCAGGCGGGCAAGGCAAUCUGGACAAGCUUCCAAUUGCGACGAGCCCACCUGUCCGAGCGGAAGGUACCACUGCAACCCACAAUGCGGCUCUCAAAGGUGAUAUAGACAACGCUCAACCCCAUACAAAUACUCCGUCGAGAAGUGGACGAGGUCGGGUCGAAUGCGAAGAGCCACGAGGGGCGACUUCAAUAGCUUACGUGGCACCUCAGAGCACAAAAGAUGCAUCGGUGCAGACCAAAUCGACCGCAAUCUCCCUCUCUGCCGCAGAGCGAAAGAGCAAUCAAGAGGGCAACGUCUCAGGUGCGGGUACGACGGACAACGCCUGGCUUGACAAGAUCAGCAUGCUCAACGGGGCCCAGGAACUGCCUUCUGCUGAAGGACGUACGACUGCUGUCAGCGGACUGCCGGCAUCGGUGACCGCACUAGACUCGAGCACCCUGACCCGAAGGCUCCCACAGACCGGGGAGAGGCUACCACAGUCGGUUGCCUCCAGUGCAGGCGGCGAUGUCAAUGACAGGCAAGGACUUGACAGAGAUAAGUCCCGAAGAGCCAUCGAAAGCCCUGAACGCAAUCAGAUCGCUUCCGAGCGCGAGUGCAGAGACUCUGACAGGGUUUUGCGAGCUCAGAAGAAAGACGGGCGCGUGGGAGUAGGUGAGAACCGCAUGUCGCUGCACGGAAUGUCCGAGGGCGCCGAUCGCAUGCCCAGCUCUACGAGCGCCUUCAAGACCCUCCAGCGGGGAACAUCAACAGAGCCAGCUGGUGGCAGCGGAUCAACGGGCGAAGCAGAUCCGGUCAGAGAUGCUCGUAUGGCCGUCGAGGUCGAGGAGGUCGAGGACGAGGCCGCGGUAGAGGUCGUAUCUCAGGUAGCGAAGAUCGGUCAAGGCAGUAUUCAGCACCAGUAUCAAUGGGCAAUGAUGGCGACUGGGACACUCAAGUCGGCGGUGACGGCAUUGGAAGCACCAAAUCUGUGCAUCACGCUCAUCAAGCCUCGUCUACCGGCCAAGAAAACAGGGCUCGUACUGACUCGGCAAGCCGAGCCUACGAUGCUCCCCAGAUUACCCACAUGGCAACAACCCGGACCUUACUUCCACGAUGCUCACCCUGGCCAAACUGGUUUCGGCUCCACCGCCAGUACUUACUUUCCAAUGUCGAUGAGAGACGACCCUCCAAAUGGAGCACAGGCUACUGUAUGGACAUCACCUCGACCAGAGCCUGGCGCGUUGCAUGGCCGUCCAUUCCCUGAUUACAGGAUCGUUCCUCCAGAAUCGCCUGUAUCACGCUUGGUCCAUCAGGUCGAGUUCUAUUUCUCGCCGCAGAAUCUCUACAAGGAUUCCUUCCUACGUCAACAAAUGGACCCUGCCUCGGGUUGGGUACCUCUGGCAUUAAUACAAAGCUUCAAGAGAGUCAGGAUGCUCUCGCAGGACGUUGAUCUACUGUUGAGCAGCGAUCCCGUUCUAGAGAGACUCAGGCACAACCCACAUGUUGAGAUGGAUGAGGAGGGCAGGCGUUUGCGGAAGAGGUACGGAUGGCAGGAGUGGGUCGUCCAGCCAGAUGGGCUGAUGCUGGCUGCCCCCGUGAUGAGUGCACCAGUGGGCCCCGGAGUCUUGGGUGGAUUCCCUCCUCAUGAGUUCGGUCACCUUCCCCCUAUGCGUUUGGACAGCGAGGGCGGGCCGGAGCAGCAAGCCCUCUAUGUCCAACCUCAGCAGGGAUACUGGCUCCCGCACAACGCUCAACUUCACUCAGGCUAUUACGUGCUUCCCGCUUCGGGACAGCCUAUGUCAGGCUAUGCCCCACCCCAUAUCCAGCACUGGCAGCCGGCUAUGGGAGGCAUGCCUGCCUUCCCUCCACCUGUCCCGCCGACUCAUUUCACGACCUUCGACUCGCGAGCCCCUGCCUAUCAGAACACCUCUUCUCCUGUGUCAGAAUUUGGGGCCCCCUCGAACCAAGCAUCCGUGUCCUCUGUCCAGCCCUCACCGGCAAGAAGAGGUUCAGCCCUGGCGCCGUCUCCAGACAGAAACCUUUCGCAGGCCACCUCACCUUCCAUUGCCGAACAGCACUCAAUGCAUUUUCAGUCGACGCAGCAGCAGCAUCUGCAACCUGAGCAAUCCCAGAUCUCGAGUCGCCAAAGCGAUCAAGUCAGACCCGUACUCUCCCAGCACCACGACAAUUUGCACUCUUUCGUACAUCCCGCUCAAGAUAUGUACCACGCGCACCCAUUCGCGACCGAAGGUGCCCUGUCUCCUUCGGCCGAUACGUUGCCAGACAAUCGAGUCCAAGGUCCAAACUAUAGAGGCGCCCCGCGAGGCCCCGAUGACCAAGCUGCAAGUGCAGCCCACACUCCCUAUGGCCUUGAUGGACAGCCGGAUCAUCUGAUGUCCUACCAAGGCGCGGACGGCCAGCACGCUUCGUAUGCUGAAUCACCUGCCCAAGGUCGGAUCUACCCUUCAUCUUCCGUGUCCUACCCGGCAGCUCGCUCAUCUGUGGACGCGUCAUCGUCUGCGUUUGGUACUCCCCCUCUUGACUCAUCGAUGGUCUCAGCCUCCUCUGCUACUUCGACCUCAGCUUCGCAACGUCGUCGAGUUCCCAGCAGUGAAAGUCCUGCCCACACCGGCAAAGAUGGAUCUGAUCGAGUGGACCACUACGGAGAUAACAACAGGAAAGGGUCUCAGCAGGAGGCUCCGCCGUUCACAGACACAGCAAAGUCGCUAGAGAAUCAUUCCAAUGGGGGCUGUGCAACAUACUUUUCACAGACUCAAGCUCCCGCAACUCUUACAAAGGACAUCAAGCACCUCAAUAUCGGAGGCAAUAGUGGCUCUGACCUCAGCGCUCCACAGGCCCAUAGCGCCCCUGAUGCAAAGACAUCUGCGGGAGGAAGGCACCAGCGUGCAGACGAAGAAGACGACGAUGAUGAGGAUGUCGGUCUAGGCGUCAUUGCUGCCGAGGGUCUAGGAGGCCUAGUCGGUCGGGGAGCGUGA